AUGACAGCCAACAGCAAUCUUGAAGCUUCACUUGCAGAGGCCAUGGAAAACAUACUGCGGGAGAAGACAGUCCUGGACACGCCCGAUGCCCCCAGCGUCGAUCUUGCGACUGAAAGCGAUGUGAAGCUCUGGCUCCAGCAUACCGGAUUCUUCGAUGUCGACCAUCGCCAAAAGGUGCUGGGUGCUCUGCGACAGCUGAAAGCCCUGGAUGAACAGCGUCAGAAGAUCAUCUCGGAGAUUCACCACGCCACGCCUUAUGCUGUGCCUCCAUCGACUCCCGUCUUCUCCCAGAGCCAGAGCGUCUACUCGCCAUCUCCAUACUCGGCUCUCGCGAGAUAUCAUGCUACGGGCGUCCAAAGCGCUGGAGAGCUCUGUGGCUCUGAGCCCUCUGUGGUUGAUAAAGGAGCCGACUCAGAGUCUGCGUAUUCGACGUUUGAGAAAGAAUCGUUGUCUAGUCAACAACACGAUAUACCUGCUCCCGACUCCUCUGUCAAACACGCGCAAGAAAAUGAUGAGGUUGUCACUUCGCCUGACAAUGUUGAUGAUGCUGGUUUGGAGAACCAAAAAGAGCAGUCACUGGCAAAGAAGCUCAAGGCCGUCAAAGCCAGCGACACCAACGCAUGGCCGGACGAGGGUGUUCGGCCCUCGACACCUACACAAGAAGCACGGUUCUUCUUGGUCAAGUCUUUCAACUCGAUGAACGUUGAAAUGGCCCAGCGAGACGGACUAUGGAUCACAAAAGCUGAAAACGGCCCCAUGCUAAGCUUCGCCUUCAAACAAUGCAAAACCGUCUAUCUCAUCUUCUCCAUCAACAAGUCAAAGGCAUUCCAAGGCUAUGCUCGCAUGACCACAGCCCCUGAUCUCAACAUCGCCCCAGCCAAGUGGAUGAGCAACAUCAGCUGGAAAGCCAGCUACCCCUUCCGCAUUGAGUGGCUCAACACCCGCCGCACCGCCUUCUGGACGCUGGGAGACCUCAAAAACGCCUUCAAUGACGACGCCCCUGUCUUUGUCGGUAGAGACGGCCAGGAAUAUCCCGAGGACUGUGGGCACAAGAUUCUUGAGGUAUUGGAUCAAAGUCCGGAAGAGAGCAGUAAGAGUGGCGGUGAUUCUCCCAAGGCAGCUCCGGUUUCACCUUGGGCAACUCUAGCUAGCCCCCGUUCACAUGCAAAGUCUGGCAAAACGGAUGCUCUGAGUUGGCGACGCCAAGAAUCGUCCGGCUGGAGCUGGGAUGAAGCGGCCCCUCCUCAUACGGGUUCUGAGGCGGCGGAUGACUUGCCCUUGAUAGAGCUAGAGUACUAA